AUGUCCCGCCGAGUGAUUAAUGAUCAGCCGUUGGUAGAAGAGGCAAACAUGACCGAAUUUUUGCGAGAAGAAGCCGCAUACCGCAAAGAAUUCGACCCUGUCGCACCGUGGAAUAGAGACAAUAUCCCAGAUUUUGGGCCAUUGCAGGACCGUCACCACGUUCUCAUCUUUGGCAUAGUUGGUGUGGCCUGCACCAUCUUUUACGAAGCGACUAAUUAUUUUGACCAAAUUCACCGUUGGGUAGCUUACAUGGCCAUCUGGUUUCCACUUUGGUUUCGCUUACUUGGGCGUGUGUCGCCGGCACUGACUGAUGAGGAGCUUGAUGCGAGAGAACGUCGCGAGUUUGAGCAUGAGUUACAGCGUAUUGUAAAUGCAAAGGAAGAGGACGAUUAA